AUGCGGUCCAUCGGACCUGUACUCCCGAUCUCGGAAAGAGGAAAUUUCUCCUUACAAGGAUAUCAAUAUUCUAAAUUGAGUCGAGUCGGAAGAUAUGGUAAUAGCCAGAAACUAUCAAGCUGUAGAUAUCUCCAUUCCCAGCGAGUCAGUCAAAACACCGCUCCAAUGCCACCGGAAGAGCGAGUGCAAUCCCUCUUACGCAAUCAAUCGAUCACAGCUGCCAAUGCAGUGCUCUAUCGUGCACCUACCAGCUUAUCCUCCGCCGUAAAAUCUCUCUUGGCACCUCCGGAUCCCACCCCGCACAUUUUCCGGGUGAAUACCUCGAGAGCAUGUAUUUUUCUAUUGCUAGAAAAGCAGACUGACAGGCAUGCUGUUAAUACACAGGGAACAAUCCAACCGCCUUUCUUCUCUUCCCGUUCUGCGAAUCUCUCCGCGAGAGAGCACGGCGUUCGGAAAGACCCGUGUCAUAGAAUAUCACUCGGUUCCGAGGUCACGCCAUGCAUCAUAAUCUAUCACUCGAUACAUUUACCACUAUCAUUGUGGGGGGUGAUGGGAUCCACGUUUGGGUGUCAGGGGCUCGUGAGUAUGAGGUGGACGAUAUUCAAUCAGCGUGAUGUGUGGCUCUUAAUCGUUAUCAUCGAUAUUGGCAGCAUACUUACCACCAAGAGCCACAAAGAGCAACCAGACCUGUGCUCUAGAUUCAUCUCCACCGCCACUCCCAUGCAUGCCCGCAGCGGAUGCGGGGGAGCGGCCGCGGUCGAGCAUCUCCGCCGCCCUCUCAAGUCCACACCGGUUAUCAGGCUGCUUGGGCGGGGAUGCGAUAAAAGCACCUUCAUGAUCAGCGUUUCUGAACCUGCGAAUGCUCGAGGUUUAUCCAGCGAUCUGAAGUUGGGACUUUGA